AGACACUUCUCUGAAAAAUAAAAAAUUAAAAAAAAACGUUUCAUCGCUGCGAGCUUUACCAGUAGCAGUAGAAGAAGAAAAAUCAUCAAAGAUCUUUGACUUUGAGUAAAUCUUUUACUCAGGGAGUACUAAAUGCCAUAGAAGCCAAUUGAUUAAGCUUUUUGCUUAUGUAGUAUAGUUUAAGAAGAAAAUGGAAGACUUAGUGAACAGAGGAGAUUUGCAUGUAAAUGUUGUUAGGCAAUCGCCAAUAAGAACAGGGGGAAGCUUUAAGUCGACACUGUCAGGGAGAUCAACGCCUAAGAACUCUCCCACAUUUAGGAGGUUGCAUUCCAGCCGAACUCCACGGAGAGAGGGUAAAAGUAUUGGAGGAGUUGUACAGUGGUUUCGAAGCAAUCGGUUAUUGUAUUGGUUACUUCUGAUUACUCUUUGGGCUUACCUUGGAUUUUAUGUCCAGUCUAGGUGGGCUCAUGGUGAUAACAAGGAGGAAUUUUUGGGGUUUGGAGGUGCAAACAGAAAUGAGGUUUCAGAAACUGAACAGCAUACACGACGGGAUUUGCUUUCCAAUGAUAGUUCUGUAUCUGCAAGUAAUGAGACUGAUAAGAUUCAGGUAGAAGAUGGUAAAAAGAUAGGUGUUGUUUUGGCCAAGAAGGGAAACAAAGUUUCUUCUGAUAAGAAAAAAGUUUCUUCUGAUUUGAAAAAAAUUUCUUCUCCAAACAAGAGGAGUAGGAGAGCAGGACGCAGGUUGCGGAAUAAAACACGUGAUAAACAGAACGCAACAGCACAGGUUGAAACUGAGGAUAUUGAGGCUCAGGAGCCAGACAUUCCUCAGAAGAAUACUACUUAUGGUUUCCUUGUUGGUCCGUUCGGAUCAACUGAGGAUAAAAUUUUGGAAUGGAGUCCUGAGAAGAGAACAGGAACUUGUGAUAGAAAGGGCGAGUUUGCACGUCUUGUAUGGUCUAGAAAUUUUGUAUUGAUAUUCCAUGAACUAUCAAUGACUGGGGCCCCACUUUCAAUGAUGGAGUUGGCAACAGAGUUUUUAAGUUGUGGAGCCACAGUUUCUGCAGUAGUUCUUAGCAAAAGAGGUGGUUUGAUGUCAGAGCUUACGAGGAGGAGGAUCAAAGUGCUUGAGGACAAAGCUGAUCUCAGCUUCAAAACUGCUAUGAAGGCAGAUCUUGUUAUUGCAGGAUCUGCAGUUUGUGCAUCAUGGAUAGAUAAAUAUAUGACUCGUUUCCCAGCUGGUGGAAGUCAAAUUGUUUGGUGGAUUAUGGAAAAUCGACGAGAGUACUUUGAUCGGGCUAAGGUGGCCAUGAAUCGGGUGAAGAUGCUGGUCUUUCUUUCUGAAUCUCAGACCAAACAAUGGCAAUCCUGGUGUGAUGCAGAAAAUAUUAAGUUGAGAUCUCCACCUGCUAUAGUACCGCUAUCUAUUAAUGACGAACUAGCUUAUGUAGCAGGAAUUGCUUGUUCACUAAAUACUCCAUCUUCUAAUCCUGAGAAGAUGCUGGAGAAGAGGAAGUUGCUACGAGAGUCUGUUAGAAAAGAAAUGGGAUUAACAGAUAAUGAUGUGCUCGUGAUGUCUCUGAGCAGUAUAAAUCCUGGAAAGGGUCAACUCUUACUGCUGGAAUCAGCACAGUUGGUUAUUGAACGGCGUCCUUUCAAGAUGUUAAAAAGAUCCGUGGAUAUAACUGAAGAUCAAUCAAACUUAGCUGCAAAACAUCACUUAAGAGCAUUGUUGCAGGAGUCUAUAGAUACCGAUGAACGAUCAAAUAGUUUAGAUCAAUCUAGUAAGUCCUCCGUCAGGCCUAAACAACCUAAGAAGAAUCGUCUCUUUAACAGGCGACGCAGAAAAAGUAAAUUGUUGUCUAUUCCUGAAGAAAGGCAAGAACGUCAUCUUAAAGUUCUUGUUGGUUCUGUUGGAUCCAAGAGUAAUAAGGUUCCUUAUGUCAAAGAAAUGCUAAGCUUCUUGUCACAACAUGCAAAUUUGUCAAAAUCGGUCUUGUGGACUCCAGCAACCACUCGUGUUGCUUCGCUUUAUUCUGCAGCAGAUGUUUAUGCUAUAAACUCUCAGGCCCUUGGAGAAACCUUUGGGAGAGUGACAAUUGAAGCAAUGGCUUUCGGUCUUCCGGUAGUUGGAACAGAUGCAGGAGGCACAAAAGAAAUUGUGGAGCAUAAUAUAACAGGACUUGUUCACCCGGUGGGGCGGCCAGGAAGUCAAGUUCUUGCACAAAAUCUCCGACAUUUACUCAGAAAUCCAUCAGCAAGGGAACAAAUGGGGAUGAAAGGUAGAAAAAAGGUAGAAAAAAUGUAUUUGAAGCGGCACAUGUACAAGAAAUUUUCAGAGGUUCUCUACAAAUGCAUGAGAGUCAAAUAACAAUUUACAGCUACAAUUGGCUCAAUUCGUUGAUUAGUUCGGAUCUGAAGAAAGCUGUGAUGUGAGUAAUAAUACUACAGGUUUAUCGAAAUCUCUGGAAAUGAAUUUGAGACAGAUUUAUGAAAUCUUUAGUGUAUAUAUACGGCUCUUUUUUUGCAUUCCAUUGAAUGAAAAGCUUAAAUACUUUUUGUUA